AUGGCUGAGUGGACUCCUGCUCAGCCCCUGAAUCCCUGUUGCUUGACCUUGUUCUGAAUCCCUACUGCUUGACCCCAGUUCUCUAGUGCUCCAUCCUACACUGACUCUCUUGAUGCCUGAAUCCCACUCUGGUCUGAAUGCCUUCCUCCCCACAGACUUGGGAAUGGGAUGUGGAGCCACAGCACCUGCCGUCAUCAUUUCAGCCCCCUCCCAUCUUUGACCAAAACGCUGAGCGAGAAAUCUACCCAGCAGCUGAGAUUUCCCUGUGGACAGUAGUGGCCACCAUCCAGGCGGUAGAGAGGAAGGUGGACUCUUAUGCCUCACGACUGCUGAACCUGGAAGGCAGGACGGCGACGGCCGAGAAGAAGAUAUUUGAGUGUGAGAAGACAGAGCUGGAGUUCAGCAACCACCUGGCUGCCCUGGGCACCCUGAUCCAGGAGUACGGGGUCCUUCAGAGGCGGCUGGAGAACUUGGAGAACCUACUCAAGAACCGGAACUUCUGGAUCCUGAGGCUCCCACUGGGCCCAAAGGGAGAAACCCCCAAGGUCCCAGUGACUUUUGAUAACAACGCAGUGAACUUUUCCACACAAGAGUGGGCCAACCUGGAAGACUGGCAAAAGGAGCUUUAUAAGAACAUCACCAAAGGAAAGUACGAACCACUGAUCUCACUUGACUCGGUCAUUUCCAAAGCUGAAAUUCCUGCCCAAACGCAACAAGCAGAACCUCCUCCUGUUGUGGAUCAGGAGUUUGCAGAGGGAAAGGGCUUCCCGACAGAGCCCAGGACAGAAUCAGAACCUUUGGCUUCCAAGGACAACCUCUUAUCCUGGAUCAAGCAAGAAGAGCCUCCCAGCAAAGAGAAGUGGGACCUUGAAGGAGAGAUCCCCCCAGUUCAUGGCUAUGUAGGCAGCUCUGCUGGUGCUGCGGAAGACGACGGUCAGUUGGACAUGAAGAUCCCAGGGAUAGCGCAUGGUGCAGAGGAGUCCCCAAUGGUCAUCACGGAGGUGCAAGUGCCCCAGGACCCCAUUGCGGAGGAAGAAGAGGAGUCCAGGGAGAUGCUGCCAACGCUCCCAGCCUCCCGGCCACAAGUCCCGUGGUCUGGGUUCGAGAAGGCCUUUACUUUUGUGCGGCAGAGGGGGAAGAAUGUGAUUGUCCAGUGCAAUUACUGCCUGCCGCUGGUGAAGCACCUGAGCUCAGCGUUUGCCUCCGCGUCCAACUUGAAGAAACAUUUGGAGAGGGCCCACCCAGGGAAGUUGAUUGCCAUUGAAAGGGCCAGGAAGGCAAGGAGACGCGGUUAUUCGGAAGAACUGAGGCAGGAUGCAGACCCUACUGCCAACAAAUUUCCCCGGCAGCAGCGGAGCAGCCUUGGCAGGUGGGGAUCCGGCAGCGAGACGCUCACCCAGCAAAUUCUGGACAGGAAGAUCAUGGACUUCAUCAUUGAGGAGACAUUGCCACUCGAGACCGUGGACAAACCUUCGUUCAUUGGACUGAUUCACCUCGGUCUUCCAGAAGACCUCACCAUCAUGAGCGCCAAGACUCUAAGAGACAGAAUUGAUGGGAGGUCAGCCAGCGUGCGAGAAAUGCUUAUAAGCCGGAUGGGGGAUGUGGCACAUGUGGCCACCACCGUGGACUUCUGGACUAGUGGCCGGAAGAGUUUCUUGCGGGUGACAGCCCAUUGGAUCAACCCUGCGACUCUGAAGCGUGAGUUUGGGGCCUUGGCUUGCAAGCGCCUCAGAGGGCGUCCCACGUACAACAUCCUUGUGAAAGCCCUGCGCAACGUGCACAUGGAAUACCGGAUUCACAACAAAGUCACAUGCAUGACGACAGACAGUGGCUCCAACUUUGCCAAAGCCCUCCGAGUUUUCAAGGCCAAAGAAACAGAACUAAUGGACGCUGUGGAAACAAGUGACGAUGACGAUGAUGAUCAGGCGGAGGCGGAAGUGGAGUUUGUGCCUAUUUUUGAGGUCCUGGACAUGGGGAACGAGGCAGAAGAGGAAACAGGAGAUCCGGAGGUUUUCUGUUUGCCUUCAUACCAGAGGUGUGCCAGCCAUACUCUCAACUUGGUGGCGACGCGAGAUGUGCAAGACUUGAUUUCUGAGUCUGCCCAAAAUAGUUCUCUCGGUCUUUUCAGGAAGCACUUCUCCUCCUUGAUGGGAAAGUGCAGCAAACUGUGGAGCAAGCAGAAAGAAUCAUCGCAAAUCAGAGAUUACAUCCUGGAGCAAUGUGGGGCGUAUUUGAAAGUGCCGAACAAGUCCAGGUGGAAUUCCACCUACGAUGCCUUGAAGCAGCUGAAUCGGCUCCUCGCCACUGUGCCGCUCAGAGUCAAUGCCGUGAUGGACCGGUGCUCCUUGGCCCGGAUUACGGCUGAGGAGAGUCUGGUGGUCCAGGAGUACACAGAGAUCAUGGGACCACUGGCCCAGUCCCUGGAUAUCUUGCAGCGAGAGAACGGCAUGUUCAUGGGGUACCUGUUGCCCACUCUGUACAACCUGGACCGCAAGUUGCAGGAGCUGGAAAACAAACCCGUUGGGUACACCUACUGCCUCCCGUUGUUGAGGGGAGUUCGAAAAGCCCUGCGGGAACGGUUUGAGCCCAUCUGGGAGGAGAAGAAACUUCUCCUAGCAGCCUGCCUACACCCGCGUUUCAAAGCCGACUGGCUGGAAUCAGCUGCCCGGGCUGACCAGACAAGCAGAUACAUGAUGGAAGCCUUGCUGAAAGCUGAAAUCAGGAGCAUGGUUGGUGAGGAUAACACCGAGUCUUCUGAGAGAGACCAGGAAGGAGACGAUCUGGAAGAUGACUUCUUCAACCUCCAACCCCGGGGCAAAAAGUCUGGAGUGGACACGGUGGAUGAGGAGGUCUGGAGGUACCUUAAGUCUCCCAGCCGGGAGGUGUCCUCCCUCCAUGCCUUUCCACAUGUGAUGCAGUGCUUUCUGCAAUACAACACAGGUGUGCCUUCGAGUGCCGCCGUGGAGCACCUUCUCUCGACAGGCAGCAGCCUCGUGGCCUCAAGGAAGCACCCUUUGUCUGAUGAGCUUUUUGAACAGCUCUUUCUUUUGAAACAGAACAAGGGGGCAUUCUAAAAAGAAGCAUUACAAAGUGGGAUUCUUUUCCAAGUGCUGGAAAUGACCAAAGAUCCUGUUGGGUAUCUGUGCCAGUGUGUAACUGUGCCAGCUCUGCAGGUUGUGAGUGCAGCAGGAAAGGAAGUGAGACUUAUCUGCGCUCUCAACAUUGGGAGGAGGCUGUUGGUUCUGGAUGUCUCUGGAAUAAUGCUCAUGUCACACGCCUGCAUGAGUUCCCCUGCGGAGGAUGUUGGGCAUUUGUGUGCCAACACAGAACAUAGACAUUGAGGAGUGGAAUUGCAUAUAUGGUGCCAUUGCACAUGUAGAUUGACUUUCAUUUUGUACUCGGUUGCUCAUUGUCUUGUGGAUUCAGUUGUGCAAUGUUGCCAUUCAGCAUGAGGCUUCAGCAUCACACAAUCAGUGUAUAACUCUGCAUACAGAGAUAUACAUUACCCAAACCCAAUGUAGGAUCUCCACCAUCUUAUUUCUUCAGUGCCUGGCUUCCAGGUGGGACUUUGGAGGUCAAAGCACUCUGAGAAGGCCACCUGGGAAAAUCGCCUGCGCCAAAGUAAAGUGGAUUUUCCAAGCCCCUUGUCUCCAAGGCAACCUUCAACCACAAACCAGCUUUGGAAAAAAUAGCUUGCUCAGAGCUGGAAAUCUUCCUCCGGAUGCCAACAAAUCCAUCUUACUUUCUUGGCAGCCAUUGCACAACUAGGUAAAAGCACAUCCACUAGCACAGGGUUGGGAAUCAUGUGGCCCUCCAGAUAUGGGUGGGUUCCCAACCCCUGGCUCUCCUGUUCGUUGCGUAGCUUGCUGGGAGUUGUAGUCCAAUCGCAUGUGGAAGGCUGCAAGUAUAAUCUCUGCGCUAGUGGAACAGACUGUUGUAGUAGUGUAGUGCCCAGAGAGGACCCUGUCCCUUAUUUCUGGACACUGUUUGUGGGUAUCACUGUGGGGAAGGGGAGCAGGUCUGGGAAUACUGCAAGGAUCUAGCUAAAGGGGGCAGAGAAUGAGGGCAUUGCCUUCCAAAAAAGGUCUCUGCACCCCAUGAAACUUUUUCAGUCCCCUAAUUUCUAGCAUUACUGGGCACCACAGUUCAAGGAUGUUGACAAGCUGGAGGAUGUCCAAAGGAGGGCAGCCAAAAUGGUGAAAGGCCUGAAAAUCAUAAAGUCCUGUGAGGAAUGGCUUAGGGAGCUGAGUAUGUUUA